GUUGAUCUGAACCACAUGCACUUCUUUUCUGAUCCCUUGUAUCCAAUUCUCAAACUCAAUAUAAAGCUAUACAACAGAAAUACUACCAUCUACUAGUCUCAAAUUCCUCAUCAAAAUGAAACAUUUUUUGCCCAUGUUACCUGCGUUUUGGUCUAUAUAUGCGCACUUGUUUUCUCUUUUUAUUAUAAAUUCUCUAUGGCUUGGCCCAAUCAUAACUGUCUUGCCAUCAGGAAAUGAGAGUGAUCAUUUGGUACUACUCAAAUUCAAGGAAUCCAUAUCCACCGACCCAUAUGGAAUCUUUCUCUCGUGGAAUACUUCCAAUCAUUUUUGUAACUGGCAUGGAAUCACAUGUAAUACCAUGCUUCAAAGAGUUAUAGAAUUGAACUUGGAUGGAUACAAUUUGAAGGGAUUCAUAUCACCUCACAUAGGCAAUCUCUCUUAUAUGAGAAACUUCAGCCUCGCAGACAACAAUAUCUACGGCAAAAUCCCACAAGAAUUGGGACGGUUGUCACAUCUGCAACAACUCAAUCUCAGAAAUAACUCAUUGGCAGGAAACAUUCCUACAAACUUGACUGGUUGUACUGAACUCAAAACCUUAAACUUGAGGCAGAACAAUUUGGUUGGAAAAAUACCGAUUGAAAUUGGCUCGUUAUUUCGGAAGCUUCAAGUUUUGACUGUUGCUAAAAACCAGUUAAGAGGAAGAAUCCCAUCCUGCAUUGCUUUUAACAUGUUGGAUGGUGAGGUGCCAACGGAAGGUGUCUUUCGAAAUGCAAGAGGGUUAGUGGUGACUGGAAAUAGUAAGCUUUGUGGAGGUGUUUCAGAACUGCAUCUACCGCCUUGCCUUGUCAAAGGUAAAAAACUUGCAAAACAUCACAAGUUAAGAUUGAUAGCAGUGAUAGUUAGUGUGAUUGCGUGUCUUCUCAUAAUAUCAAUUAUUCUAACUAUCUACUGGAUGAGGAAACGGAGUAAGGAACCAUCUUUGGAUUCACCAACAAUUGACCAAUUGGCUAAAGUUUCAUACCAAAGCCUACAUAAUGCAACUGAUGGAUUCUCAAAUGCAAACUUGAUAGGAUCUGGGAAUUUUAGUUUUGUCUACAGAGCAACUCUUGAGUUUGAAGACAAAAUUGUUGCCAUAAAGGUCCUAAACCUUCAAAAAAAAGGAGCACACAAGAGUUUCAUUGCUGAAUGCAAUGCACUUAAAAAUAUUAAACAUCGAAAUCUAGUACAAAUUUUGACAUGUUGUUCCAGCACAGAUUACAAAGGUCAAGAAUUUAAAGCUCUAAUUUUUGAGUACAUGAGCAAUGGAAGCUUAGAGAAAUGGUUGCAUCCUAUGACAGUAAAUGCAAAGCAUCCUAUAACCUUGAAUCUUCUUCAAAGAUUAAACAUCGUGAUUGAUGUUGCUUCUGCAUUACAUUAUUUGCAUCAUGAAUGUGAGCAAUCAAUCAUUCAUUGUGAUUUAAAGCCAAGCAAUGUUCUACUUGAUGAUGACAUGAUUGCUCAUGUGAGUGAUUUUGGCAUAGCAAGACUUCUCUCAACAAUCAAUGGUUCUACUUUUAAGCAAACAAGUACAAUUGGAGUAAAGGGGACCGUUGGUUAUGCUCCUCCGGAACUUGGUGUUCUUCGUGUACUCAAUGCUCUUGUUGGAGAAGGAAAAUUUGGAUGA